UAGAAAUCCAGUAAAUCCGGCUGUGUAUGUAAAACAGGUGUAACUUGCUACUGCUGUAGCUUAUAGAGCAGUAUUUCUAACGGAAAUCGUCACUGUACACUACUCCGAUAGGCGUGUUCUUAGAAAAUACGAGAAUAAUCCAUAGAUUGUAUGUACAGAAGCCAGCCCACCAAUUCAUUGACAUCGGCCUAUUUUUUUCCAGAAGGUUCAAGCAUUUUUAAGAGCAGGGGUUUCUAGAAAGUAUAGCUCUCUUUACAAAUAGAAGUGAACGCAGAAGCUUUUGUAGCGUGAAAAAUACCGUUUACUUCAAGAUGCCAGAGGAAGUGCAGACUGUUCCGGAGCAGACAAUGGAAGAAGAUGUGGAAACGUUUGCCUUUCAGGCUGAAAUUGCUCAGCUGAUGUCUUUGAUCAUCAACACCUUUUAUUCUAACAAGGAGAUCUUUCUAAGAGAAAUAAUUUCUAAUUCAUCUGAUGCUUUGGACAAAAUAAGAUAUGAAAGUCUGACUGAUCCCAGCAAACUAGAUUCAGGGAAAGAGCUGAAAAUUGACAUUAUUCCCAAUAAACAUGAUCGUACCUUGACCAUUAUAGACAGUGGUGUUGGCAUGACAAAGGCAGACCUGAUAAACAACUUGGGUACCAUUGCCAAGUCUGGAACAAAGGCUUUCAUGGAAGCUCUACAGGCUGGUGCAGAUAUCUCUAUGAUUGGUCAGUUUGGUGUUGGAUUUUAUUCUGCUUAUCUGGUGGCCGAGAAAGUGAUCGUAAUCACCAAACACCAUGAUGAUGAGCAGUAUGCUUGGGAGUCUUCUGCAGGAGGUUCAUUCACUGUCCGUCUUGAUACGAGUGAACCCCUAGGCAGAGGUACAAAAGUUAUUCUGCACCUGAAGGAAGACCAAACUGAGUAUAUUGAAGAAAAAAGAAUUAAGGAGAUUGUAAAGAAGCACUCGCAGUUUAUUGGUUAUCCAAUAACUCUCUAUGUUGAAAAGGAACGUGACAAGGAAGUGAGUGAUGAUGAAGUAGAAGAAAAGGAAGCAAAGGAUGAGACUGAAAAGGAGGACAAACCCAAGAUUGAAGAUGUAGGCUCUGAUGAUGAAGAGGAGCAGAAGGGUGAAAAGAAGAAGAAAAGGAAGAUCAAAGAAAAAUACACUGACAAGGAGGAAUUAAAUAAGACUAAACCAAUCUGGACCAGAAACCCUGAUGACAUCACCAAUGAGGAGUAUGGAGAAUUCUACAAAAGUCUGACCAAUGACUGGGAGGACCACUUGGCUGUGAAACAUUUUUCUGUGGAAGGUCAGCUCGAGUUCAGAGCACUGCUGUUUAUUCCACGGCGAGCCCCAUUUGAUCUCUUUGAGAGCAGGAAAAAAAAGAACAAUAUUAAACUGUAUGUGCGCAGGGUGUUCAUCAUGGAUAACUGUGAAGAGCUGAUCCCAGAAUAUUUGAAUUUCAUCAGGGGCGUGGUAGACUCUGAGGACCUUCCCUUGAACAUUUCCCGAGAAAUGCUACAACAGAGCAAGAUCUUAAAAGUAAUCCGGAAGAACCUGGUUAAAAAGUGUCUGGAACUUUUCACAGAGGUGGCAGAAGAUAAGGAAAACUACAAAAAAUUCUAUGAGCAGUUUUCAAAAAAUAUGAAGCUUGGAAUCCAUGAAGAUUCACAGAUCCGCAAAAAGCUUUCAGAGCUGCUCCGGUACUAUACUUCUGCAUCUGGAGAUGAAAUGGUAUCCCUUGCAGAUUACAUUUCCCGUAUGAAGGAGAACCAGAAACACAUUUAUUUUAUUACUGGAGAAAGCAAGGAUCAGGUAGCAAAUUCUGCAUUUGUGGAACGCCUGAAGAAACAUGGUUUGGAGGUAGUCUAUAUGAUCGAGCCAAUUGACGAGUACUGUGUGCAACAGCUGAAGGAGUAUGAGGGAAAGACCUUAGUCUCUGUUACUAAAGAAGGUCUUGAACUUCCAGAGGAUGAGGAAGAGAAAAAGAAACAAGAAGAAAAGAAGUCUAAAUUUGAAAAUCUGUGUAAAAUUAUGAAGGACAUUCUUGAAAAGAAAGUUGAGAAGGUAGUUGUAUCCAACAGACUGGUGUCAUCGCCGUGCUGUAUUGUAACAAGCACAUAUGGUUGGACUGCCAAUAUGGAAAGGAUUAUGAAGGCCCAGGCACUUCGAGAUAAUUCUACUAUGGGUUACAUGGCUGCCAAGAAACAUCUAGAAAUAAACCCAGACCACGCCAUUAUUGAAACUCUGAGGCAGAAGGCAGAGGCCGACAAGAAUGAUAAAUCUGUGAAAGAUCUUGUAAUACUACUGUUUGAAACUGCAUUACUGUCUUCUGGAUUCACUCUUGAAGAUCCUCAGACUCAUUCCAGCCGCAUCUACAGGAUGAUAAAAUUGGGUUUAGGUAUUGAUGAUGAUGACGAUAUACCUGCAGAAGGUGGCACUGCAACAGAAGCAAUGGAUGAAAUGCCGCCCUUGGAAGGAGAAGGUGAAGAUGCCUCCCGCAUGGAAGAAGUUGACUAAAGCUCAUUAAUGGGCUGAAACAGCAUUGGUGCAAAAACGUGUUAAACUUCCGUGAAGUUUAAAGUUUUCUUAAUCUCUUUAUUUUGAGGUUUUCUGUAUGGUUUGCAAAUGCACUUUACAUUGGUAAACUGAGCUGUUUAAUGUUCUCUGUUUUUGAGGUUAACAAAAUUGAAUGCAAUAAAAUAAAAAUGGUAA